UGCAGAAUGAGGUGUGUUUUCUCUCUUUUUUGGGAAAAGCCGGAGAAAGACGGGAGAAGGUGUAUAAGCCAGCUGCUCUCUUGAGAAAUAACGGCGAUCUGAGGAGGAAAUGGCCUAGCUAAAGCAACAAAAUAAUAAAGAGCAGAGGACAGAAGAAUCGUGCUGUGGAUGGACGGGCCAGCGUCAUCGACAUCAUCCUAAAUCCCCGGCGCUCGCAUCGCCUCUUUAAGGUUUAAUUGGUGUCCUUGACUGCAGCGCUGGACUUAGUCUGAAAGAGCAAGACGGAUGAACCCACAGAGUCUAACUGAGAAUGUGCCCCACCCCGUCACCUCACCAUGUCUCCAUAGAAACAGUAUUAACUGCCCCCUUUCCACGAUUCCUCCUUUUGCCUUUGUCAUGUCCCGAUAACCCCGUGGGUCUCUGAUCCUCCCUAUGUCCUAACCACAGUCCCUGUGAUCUGAGUCCAAUAGUGUUACUUUGGAAAUGUCCAUUUUUCCGUUCAAUGCUGCCAGCCACCACGGCUACGGUGGGAAGCGUCUGAAUCCUUCUCAGCAGGCCCCCAAACCCUGUCUGAUGUGGCUCCUGGGACUAGUGCUGCACCUGACUCUUUCUUCUUCUCAGCGUAUUGACCUGAAACAUCCCAUAGUUUCUACUAGCUAUGGAAAGGUGCGUGGUAUCCGGAAGGAGCUGAACAAUGAGAUCUUAGGCCCAGUGGAACAGUUCCUAGGCGUGCCGUACGCCACCGCACCCAUCGGCGAGCGGCGCUUCCAGCCCCCCGAAGCCCCGGGCUCCUGGCAGGAGAUACGCAAUGCCACCCAGUUUGCAUCUGUGUGCCCCCAGAAUGUGCACGGCGUUUUGCCCGAGAUCAUGCUGCCGGUGUGGUUCACCGACAACUUGGAUGCAGCGGCGACGUAUGUUCAGAACCAGAGCGAGGACUGCCUUUACCUCAACAUUUACGUGCCCACUGAAGAUGGUCCGCUCACAAAAAAAAAUGAUGAGUCCACCAUGAACAGACCAAGGGAUGAAGAUAUUCGGGAUCGCCGAAAGAAGCCAGUCAUGCUCUUUAUCCACGGAGGCUCCUACAUGGAGGGCUCAGGGAACAUGUUUGAUGGGAGCGUCCUUGCUGCCUACGGAAACGUCAUCGUUGUAACCAUGAACUAUCGCCUUGGCGUGCUCGGAUUUCUGAGCACAGGGGACCAAUCUGCUAAGGGGAACUAUGGUUUGUUGGACCAGAUCCAAGCUCUGCGCUGGCUCAAUGAAAACAUUGAGCACUUUGGAGGAGACCCAGAGAGAAUCACGAUCUUUGGCUCCGGAGCCGGUGCUGCCUGUGUAAACCUUCUCAUCCUGUCCCAUCAUUCUGAGGGCCUGUUCCAGAGGGCCAUCGCUCAGAGCGGCUCAGCCAUUUCCAGCUGGUCAGUCAACUACCGACCUCUGACCUACACCAAGAUUCUGGCCAAGAAGGUGGGCUGCACUCUGGGGGACAUGGCAGAGCUGGUUGACUGUCUGCGGCGGAAGAGUUUCCGGGAGCUAGUGGAUCAAGACAUUCAGCCCGCCCGCUACCACAUCGCUUUCGGGCCCGUGGUGGACGGGGACGUGGUGCCGGACGACCCGGAGAUCCUCAUGCAGCAGGGCGAGUUCCUCAACUAUGACAUACUGCUGGGCGUCAACCAGGGAGAAGGCUUGAAGUUUGUGGAUGACAGUGAAGGAGAAGAUGGGAUCUCUGCAGCUUCGUUCGACUACACGAUUUCAAACUUCGUGGACAACCUGUAUGGAUACCCUGAUGGUAAAGAUAUUCUAAGGGAAACCAUAAAGUUCAUGUACACAGACUGGGCCGACAGGGACAACAGCGACAUGCGCAGGAAGACCCUCCUGGCUUUGUUCACAGACCACCAGUGGGUGGCCCCGGCCGUCGCCACAGCCAAGCUUCACGCAGAGUUCCAGUCGCCCGUCUACUUCUAUACGUUUCACCACCACUGUCAGACGGAGGCACGGCCGGACUGGGCGGACGCCGCUCAUGGAGACGAGAUCCCCUAUGUGUUCGGGAUUCCCAUGGUGGGAGCCACUGAUCUUUUCCCCUGUAACUUCUCCAAGAACGAUGUAAUGCUCAGCGCUGUGGUCAUGACCUACUGGACCAACUUCGCAAAGACAGGGGAUCCUAAUCUGCCUGUUCCUCAGGACACAACAUUCAUUCACACUAAGCCUAACCGUUUCGAGGAGGUGAUUUGGACCAAAUUCAGCUCCAAAGAUAAGCAGUACUUGCAUAUUGGCCUGAAGCCACGUGUCAGAGAUAACUACCGUGCCAACAAGGUUGCUUUUUGGCUUGAGCUUGUGCCGCAUCUCCACAGCCUGCACGAAGAACUCUUAAACGCAGUCACAACUCGACUGCCGACUGGAGGCACCGGCCGACGCAAGGUGCCUCCUCCCGUCAACUCUUCGCCCCAAAAACCACCGGUGUCCACCUACCCGUCGGAACCUGACCCCGACAGCUCAGAGAGACCCCGCCCCACUCCCUUCCCAAGUGAAACGAGGGACUACUCCACUGAGCUGAGCGUGACAGUGGCCGUGGGCGCGUCGCUUCUCUUCCUGAACGUGCUGGCUUUUGCCGCACUUUACUACAAACGGGAUAAGCGCCACGAACUCAUGCAGAGGCGUCACCGCCGGCUCUCCCCGCAACGUGGCACAACAAUGGGCAUGGGGGUCGGCAUGGGAGUUGUGGGCGCCCCACCGCACAACGACCUAGUGCUCAGUCAGGAGGAGGAGCUGAUGUCACUGCAGAUGAAGCAGCAGAGGGUGGAGCUGGAGCACGGGACACCCCUCCCUUCCCGUGCCCUCCACGGUGACCUGGAACCUCUUCGUCCUCCCGUGUGUCCCCCUGACUACACGCUGGCGCUGAGGCGGGCACCGGAGGACGUGCCACUGAUGACCGCCAACACCAUCACCAUGAUCCCCAGUACCAUCAGCAGCAUCCAACCGCUCCACCCAUUUAACACUUACCCUCCUGUCCCGGCCCCUUCGUCAACACCUGUUCCCAGCCACAGCAACAAUGCCCUGCCUCACCAACACUCUACUACCCGCGUAUAGGACCAGGCACAAGCUCCGCUACUCCUUUGGGCUCACCAAGAUGCACCACACAAACUGCUCCAUUCCAACUUCACCUGUUUUACCCCCAACCUUCUUUGCCGUCUUCACAUCUUCGCCCUCAUCAAGCCCUCAGAUAAAGCUGCAGUUUGUAAGAUUUGAAGCGGUGAAAUACCUCUAAGCUAUUAUCACAUCUUAACGGGGACCGGAUGGAGAAAGCACCCUUGUCAUCACGCUUAUUCGUGUAAUAGCUCAGUGAAAAUUCGGUGCUUAGGAAAGGUUGCUCGGUCACGCCGCUUUAGACCCGUAGCUCCCUCGAAGAGGGGUCGUAAUCAGUCAGACGUUUAACGUGGAGUUCGGUACACGCGUUUCCUUUCGUGUCAGUGUGGAGCAAUGUUUAACAAAGAGUACAAACACACAUUGUCAUUCAUUUAGGGAGAAGAUCAUACAGUAGCAAACAGCUUUGUGCGAGGCAGCAUAUGUCCCAGCAAGCUGUCUGUCAUAAAGCGCUGGUUUCUUGAAGCUUACAAAUUGCAGCUUUAAAAAGGCCCAAUCUGGAAGGGGGAUUUGGCACCCCAUACAGAGCACAGUGCUCCAGCAGCUGUCUCUGCAUUGUGAUUUUAGAGAUUACUGUAUAGUGUGAAAUAUACUGCCGAGGCUGGGAAUAGAACUGACGUUUGACAGCCACAUAUGACUAAAUCUACUUUGGAUUCAUUUACAAUAUUCACAGUGGUUUGGAAAAGUGUCUGUACCCCUUGAUCGUUUUUACGUUUUGUCACGACCACAAACUUUAACGGUUUCUAUUAAGAUUUCAUUUGAUAGACCAACAUAAAGUAAUACCUAAUUGUGGGUGGAAGAAAAAUAAUGCACGGUUAUAAAAAUCUAAGAAGUGUGCUGAAAAUUUUUUUUUUUAAUUCUUGCCAGGGAUUGACAAUUUGUGCCACAUACCUUAAUUUUGGAACAAGUACCACAUUAGCAUCAUCAUUUAGUAUUAUAAUCUUAUCAGAUUUUUUUACAGAACUUUAAAACAGUAAUACAAUUGUAUUUUUCAUGUGUUUGUUGUGUUAGGUCAUUGGCAUUGCAUGAUUUAUAAAUUUGUACGUUGAAAUAUUAACAAAAAGGAGUCAGUGAAUUACAAGAGGAGUAGAGGAAAGUCCAGUCUUUCUCACCAGUCUUGAUCUGAAAAUCCAAAAUGCCUGCGGUGCAUAAAAAGAUUAUUCCUGUCAAAAAUUUUUUUUUAAAUAAUAAUAAUUUGUACUUCUAUAUUGAAUCUCUGCACUCAGUCACAGACACACAGCAUGUUCCCUACAAUCUCCUUUAGGGAACAAGUUGCUGCAGUGAAAUAUGACUUUAGCUUGUAUUAUUACUGCUAUUAUUAAUAGCAGUUUUUGUGCUUAAUUCCUGGGUUAUUAUUCGAUUACCAAAUAACUGGAAAAGCUGUAAAACGUUUUGACUUCAGCAGGUUAAACAGCACAAGUUGUGAGAAAGGUACCACCAGUGGUGGUUGUAUUGUGCAUUAUUAGAUAUCCUCCACAUGCAGCACUUUCAGACUUUUCUUCUUUUUUUUAAAAAAAAUAAUGGAACACCAUGUACAAUUUGCCUUCCACUCUAUAACAGAGGCUACUUUGUGUUGGUCCGUAAAACAAAAAUCCCACAAUGUGGAAAUACUUCUGCCAAAAGUAUAUAAGCUUUUUCUUGUUAGUUUUUUUUUUUUUUUUUUUUAAGAUUGACUUAAUUUGGGGGUUUUAUUGAUAGUUAACAAAAAGAAAAGACUUACAGAGAGAAAAGGAGAAGAUAGUAGCUGUACAUGUUCAUGCCAGGUCUACCGCGGCGGCAGGCAAAGACCCACAAUGCAUUUUAAAUUCAGUUUAACAACAGUGAAACCUUUCCAUUUUGGCGGGGGGGCAUAGGGGUGCACAUGUCUACAGAUUUCCAGAUUGGGACUUGACCUGUCAGGCCUCGCUGAAAGUAGCUGAACCCCAUUCAGCAGGACGCGGCCUGGAAUCCAGGCUGCCCAUAAGAACUCACCGCAUCCAAACUUCCCAGGCUCCACUCACGUCCAUCACUUUCCUUGUUCCUCACUCAUCAUCUCUGUCUCUUUCCUCCACCUCAGAUCAAGUGAGUCCUCCCCACGCUUUGGCCGCCGUUCCGUCCUCCUGCCCAUGCAUCCACUCUUGUAGCUCUUUUUUUUUUUUUCGCGUCCUCCUUCUCUCAGUCACUUCUAGACUCUUUUUUCCUUUUAGAGUCUUUUAUACAAAAAAAAAAGAAAAACAGAAAUGUAAAUGAUGUAUUAUUAAUAAAUUGUAAGGAUAUGAAUGAAAAAAAAAAAAAGAUAUUCUGAUAUCUCGUUUUUACCAGCAUUCUUGGUGCCAAGUACUGUGAUGAAGUUCCUUUUUGGCCGGCGUCCGGUGGACCGCUUGCCGAGGUCCGUCCUGACUGUAUCUCAUGAAGAAAAAAAAACAAAAAACAAGGAGUCCCCAUCAAAAGAAAGUGCCAACCCCUUUAUCUUUCAUUUCAAACCACACACACACACACCCACACACUUUGUGUUUUAUUUACACUCAAUGUUGCACUGUGUGCUGGUCUCUUCUAUAAAGGGAAAUCAGAUUCAAUAUAUCCUCAUUUAGAAGAAGAAAAUAUAUGAAGUUUUAUUAACUACUUUGCUGUGUGGGAUAGUUGCAUGAUUUAUUUAUUUUUUUUUGUGUGUGGGGCAGAGUUUUCAUUUCAAUAAUUUCGAUUGCCUUGUUUGGUUAUUUUCCAUUGAAUUGUUUUGCUUUUGGAAAUAUUUCAUUUUCUAUUUUAAUAUCAGCUGCACUUUGUGGUACUUCGGAAAGUAUUAAAGUAUUAAAGAGAUGAAUAUUGUGUAAAGCUAUGAUUAUAACAAAGAGAGUAAAUAUUCCCUCUUUAUUUUAUUCUUCUUCUUUUUUUUCCAUUUACUAACACCGCGGCUGUGCCACAAGACUACCAGAGACUGAUGAAAGCCUUGUUUUAUUUUUUAUCCCCCCAUUUUUUUCUUUUUCUUUUAAAGCUGUCAAGUUUGCACAGUCACUGUCUCUCAGCCUCUUACGAGGAAAGCACUUUUUACGUUACAAAAAGAAAAACAGAGACAUGACUUCUUCACAUGAAUAAUCCAAGCAAGGGUCAUGUAUGUGACUGAUAUUAAGUUAAUGCUUCAAGCAUCUGAGGACGACUCAAUUGUUCUUUUUUUUUUUGUCGUCGUCUCAUGGUUUUUGCUUCGGCACGGCGGGUGAAAAGAAAAUAUAUAUUUAUGGUAAAACAAAAAAACAAAACAAACAAAAACAAAACGAUGAGAGCCUUGUAUGAUUGUGUCACUUGUUUCGCACAACUGAUCACAAGGAUGGGUCGUACCCCGGACAAUAUUUGGGGGGGGAUGGAAAAAAAAAGGAGAAAAGACAAAAAGGAAAAACUGUGACAUUAGAACAACACUGAAGCGGUGAGAAGCAGUGACUCACUGGCGACGACGACGAAACAGUCUGUGUGAUCCGUCAAAUGCGCAGAGGAUGCGUUGGGGGCCGGGGGUUGGGUGGUGGUGGUGGUGGGGAAAAUCCUGAUUAAACAAGACGUUACUCACACCUUGUUCCAGAAAAGGCGAGGCGACUGGGAUUAGCAUCUGUAACGCUCCCGGAUCCAGACUGCCAUCCCUCACGCUGGGCUGGAGCGAGCUGGGAGGACGAAAAACCAACAAAGAGAACCACACAAACUGAACUUUAUUUUUUAUUUUUAAGUGUACGAGAACAAACUGGAAUUUGUAAAUAUUAUGUUUUGUCGUUUGGUUUGGAGUGAUUGGCCCGGAAUUUUUUUCUUUGAGACAACAGGUGCAAGUUUAGAUGUCUUAACAUGAUUUCAACGCUCACGCACGCAUAGCCGGUUUGAUCAGCUGUUGUUUACAAUGUCUUGCGAAACUAUUCGUAGGGCUACCCCUCCGCUCCCUCCCCCCCCGAACUUACUUGUCACAUUGCAGCCACAAGUUUCCAUGCAGGGAUCUCGCUCAAUACACCAACACAAACUAAAAUUGUGAAGUGGAAAGGAAAAUUAUAAAUGAUUUACAAUUUUUUUUUUUCACAAUUGUGAAUUUUGGCAUGCGUUUGUAUUCAGCCUCCAAUGAUUCAGGUUAUUGUAGAACCAGUUUUUUUUAGAUAUUCUCUACCAGUUUUGCACAGAUUUACAAUAACAUUCAGAUCUGGGUUUUUUAUUAUUUUUUAAUUAAUUCUUUAAAACUAAGUAAUGCCGACAUAGUUCUUGGUUUUUAUUGAACCUUCACCCCAGUUUCAUGUCUUCUGCAGCCUCAAGCAGGUUCGACCAACUUUUACUAACUAUGUGUCUUCUGGGCACUGCUGGUUAGUCUGGAUUUUAUUUGGAGUAAAUUAUUUAGAGCAUCAGAGUAAAGGCUGGAUACCACCAUUUGGUCUAUUUUUCGGAUUCUUGUUGGUUAAUACCAUUAAUCAUUUAGCUUGAUGGUGUUCCAUCGCAAUAAAUCCCAAUCAGAUGCAUCGAAGUUUGUGACUGUAAUGUAGCAAAAGGUGAGUAUUUUUGCAAGGCGCUGUAACUGAGUUCAUGAUCAAAUCUUAUAAGGUGGGCACAUGAGAAUAUCUAUCAGCAUACAUGAAUGAUUUAAAGAAAAAAAAAAAGCAAAAGCAUGGUUGAGGUAAACAAACAGAAAAAGGAAUGCUUUCUGGCUCCGAGCGGCCCAGGUCUCGUGAUUAUCUACGGUAGUCUAAAGCAUUACACCGUGCACACUUGGCACCGUCCCAUCAAUCAUACAAGGCAGCUUUUGAAUGAAAUGAGUUCUCUCAUUGGUGAAGAAGCCAAAGAACAGCUGCAGAGAACAGAUGAAGGAAGGGGAAACAGGAAGGAUUUGAGUAAUGAGACAGAAGAAAGAAAAAAAACCCCAGAUUUUGUUACAAAUUGGCUCAAAGCGAGCCGUAAAUCAAGAAAUUCAAUUUGUGACGCUGGUGUACUUGGUUGUUAUUGUCUCACGUCGUCUUGAGCAUACGGUAUAUACCCACGUAACUGGAAGGUUGUGAAAUCCUUUGUGCUCUUUUGGUCUUAUUUCGAACUAUAUUCAUAGUGGUUGUUUUUGCUAACUUGCAGUUUUUGUCUGCACAUCCUGUCAACGGGAUUGUUGACCCAGCUGUUUGAUGUGAGUUUCAGUUACCCUCGCUUCUGCAGUAAUCAUAGCGAAAUACUUUGUUUUUAUCCCGUCGCCUUCUUUUGGAAACAAGGGUUGAAACCAGCCAACAGAAAACGGAAGCACACUCACCAAGUCUACAUGUUUACACUACAGUUCUGACGUUGGCUGACAAUUGGCAUUACACAGACUCAAAUAUCCUAUUCUUGAAACUUUUGAUGCCAGAUGGUACAGUGAAGGCUUGCACCUGUUUGUCUGUUUCAUUUAGUCUGACUCAGUAACCUGCUUGAGGCGCAAAAUACACAGAGGGAGCAUAUUUGACAACGAGGAGUUGAGAGAAUUAAAGUUAAUAUUUCUAUUUCAAAUAGAGGCUAUUACACACUGUCUGUUGUGUAUCUGAACUGGAAAACAUUAAAAGACAUUCUUAAACAAA